UCUAAUUUACUAAUUCUCACGUUGACUUGCUGUGUUGUAUAUAAAACCUUCGGUGAAGAUACUUUUUAGUGUUUAGUUGUUGGUAUUCAUGUUUGCUGCAAUAAAAUGGUGGUAUGCAACGGCAUGAUCUUAUUACAGCUGGACUAAUGUCUUCAGAUUGGUUCUGAAGGCGUAUGACCCUGCUCAGUCGGUCACACAUUGGCUUGAAGGAAAGGUCAAAAUCUGACAACAAUGGGGUCCUACAGUAUGCCGAAGUAUGCUGUACCUUUAAGUGCCCUUGGUACUCUCAUGGGAGGAAUAUAUCUGUUGAAGGACUACAUGGGGGGAGGGAAGUACACCGGGGAAGAGAGGUUGGCUGGGCGGACUGUCGUCAUCACUGGAGCCAACACUGGCAUCGGGAAAGAAGUGGCAAGGGACCUGGCCAAGAGAGGAAGUCGUGUCAUUAUGGCGUGUCGGGACCUGGACAAGUGUGAGCGUGCCCGGGCGGAGAUCGUGGUAGAGACGGCAAACCGUAACAUCAAGUGUCAGCUGCUGGACCUUGCUUCGAUCGGGUCAAUCAAGGCAUUUGCAAAGGCAGUUAAUCAAAAUGAGAAGCGUCUGGACAUACUUAUCAACAAUGCUGGUAUCAUGAGAUGUCCGAAACUGCUGACUGAAGACGGGUUUGAGAUGCAGUUAGGUGUCAACCAUCUAGGACAUUUUCUUCUGACUCACCUGCUGUUGGACAAGCUCAAGGCGUCUGCUCCAAGUCGGAUCAUCAACGUAUCCAGUCUGGCCCACAGUAGGGGCCGCAUCAACUUUGAGGACUUGAACAGUGCAACCACUUACAACCCUUCUGGAGCCUACGAACAGAGCAAGCUUGCCAACGUCUUGUUUACUGUGGAAUUGGCAAAGCGAUUGAAAGACACUGGUGUAACUUGUAAUGCUGUCAAUCCUGGGCUUGUGAAGACAGAGAUCGGCCGGCACCUGAGUGUCACCAAGUCCUACAUCUCCAGCUUCCUGUUGUUUCCCUUUCUGUGGCUGAUGUUGAAGACGCCGCGGCAGGGAGCUCAGACGACACUGUACGCCGCGCUAGAUCCCAAGCUGGCCACAGUCACAGGGAAAUAUUUCAGUGACUGUGAGGAACAAGCCUUGUCACAGCAGGUUGUUGACGAAGCGGCCAUGAAGAGGUUGUGGGUGAUCAGUGAAAAAUGGACUCGAAUCACAUGACAUUAUGUGUUACUUAUUACUGUGACAUUGAAAGUAAUUGCUGGAGUGCUGAGAACUGUGAAAAUAUUACCCCUGUUGACACGAGCUCUGACUUCAAAUACAGAGUGAUGGGCUUUGUUUCAGAUUUGAGACAAGAGUGUGCACUUCCAUGCAGUCAAGUGAGGGGUUGUAUUUUUGUGUAGAUAUCUGGAAAUGUUUCAUGGUGGUGUGAAUAAAGAAACAUUAAAAGAGAUAUCAACUUU